UUUUGGUGUGUGUAGUGUGCGUUGGUGUAUGCUACUACAUUACUACCUUGAUAGAAACACAACAAGAGGCCACAAAGCCAGUGACUGGACCGGCAGCAUCUGCUAGAGUGCAGAUUAAGCUAGAUGUUGGGUUUUACCUUCUCAUAUUUGCAGGUGGUAUGUCUGUGAUGUCUGUGGGAUGCAGCUGGCUACGACCAGCACACAUUUUCCAGGAUGGAGAUGCAGCUCCCUUAGUAGAAGAGUGGGGUGGCCUAGAGGGCAUGGAGACCUUUUCUGUUCCUCCAGGUAGUUCCCUAGGACCCUACAUGCCCUACCUACAUGAUAUGGAGCCUCCCCCACCAGUUGAAGGGCACCCUCCUCCUCCAUACACUCCAUAGUAAUUUUAUUCCAGAUUAGAAACCAAAGGUUAAGGAUAUGUUUUAUUUCUCAUAUUUAUUUGUUUUCUCCAGAGUUAAUCAUAUUUCCAUAUAUUGAUAGAAUAUACGAAAACACACAUGCGUCAAUGUAUAUAUUUUUUCUGUGCAGGGUUGUGAUAUAUAAUUUUUGUGCAGGGCUUUGACUUUGCAUCACUCCUAGUAUUAAAACUAUUAUUUUGGUGUAAGAUAAUCAAGCUUUGAAAUUUAUUGUAUCUAAAUAAAUCAUUAUUGUCUUGUUAGCAGAGACUAUUCAAGACAAAGCUGCAGCUUUUUUAUCAUCAUUUUCAAAGAAGCAGAUACACUGAUUGCAUCUGUUCUACGUAAAAGAUGAUAGUAUGUGAGAAAGAGAAAGGAAAUUGUUUGUAAAAGAGUAUAAAUAUAGUAUAAGUACACUGUCCAGAUUAGUUUUUUCUUUUCUAUUUAAAUUCCUUGUCCUGCUUAUUUUUUUCUACUUUGUUUAUACUUUUCACUAGCAUGUAGUUACCAGGGAGUCAAUUUCUAGGUCUGCCUGAUCUCAUCUAUUUACCCCAUUUUUGGAUUUUUAAAAUUCUUAAUGCUGUUAUUGAUAGCAUCAUAUCAUUAUUGUUAUUAACAUUAAAUGUAAUGAUAAUAAUAACUUCCAGAAAUUAAAGGAAUGGGGUAAGCAGGUGAGAUCUCGUAGGUCUUGUAAUGGACUCCUUGGUGACUAAGGAGGGAGCCAACAGUGUGUAAAUAAAAUUGUUAAGAUGGAACGAGUGGGCAAAGCAUGUAUACAUGGAUUCCCAGUUUCAAUUUAUUAGGUUUGUAAUGGCACUAGGCAGGUACAAAAAAUAAAAAUUAUAAAUCUGUAUCACUUAGUACCUAAACUAAAAGUCAGUCCUUAGUUUUUGUAUAUAUGCUUCAUGCACAUCAGCAUAAAGAGUAAUACAAACAAAACAAAUGAGGCACUGAAAUGAUGUGAUUGGAAUUAAUAUCUAAUGUUAGUAGUGUAUUUUCAAGCUUGUCCUUCAGGAACACAGUAUUUUACCUGAACAAAAUUUGUAUAGUAGCUAAUAGUUGUCCAAGAAAAGUUUUUUGAAUAUAAAAGGAAUAGCAAAAAAUGUUAAUUCUGA